UCCGAAACCUUAUAAGCUGAGCUUUACAGUGGUCGGGGAACCGGCAUUCCCGGCCGCACCCACGUACCGGGGCCGGGCCAGCCCCGGCAGCGGCCCCGCCAUGCGUCAAACGGCCGGCGGCCUUGCCUUUGUCGUUCUCACCAGCGCCGUCGUCGCCAGUCGUGCGCCUCGCCGGCUGUUCGAACCGCAUCCAGCCCAGAGCAUGUCCGCUCCUCUGGGGCGGCCUCUGCCUAUUCUUUGUUUCCGAGACUACUCCUACCGGUUUGCCCACGCCUUGACCCGCCCCCAAAGUGCUCCCGAUCUCAUCCGGCGUGGCUCACUCGUUGUCUCGUGCCAUGCUGGAAGCUCCCGUUUCGCGAGUGUGGACGUUGCCUCGGUCUCUUUGGAUAGUUAAGUUCGUAGCGCGCCUCCGUUGGGACUGGCUAUGC